UACAGUAUUUAAUAGAGAGACUGUGUAGAGUGAUAAUAUCUCUGUGUUGGAGGCGUUAGACCUGUUUCUCUCCUUCCUCCAGAUCUCUGUCUCUUCAGGAACACUCUAGUCCAACGCCCCAGAGACCAGUCUCAGCCACCAGAAGCAUGACUCUUCCCAGGGCCAGCUCAGCCACCAGAAGCAUGACUCUUCCCAGGGCCAGCUCAGCCACCAGAGGGUCAGAAGAGACCCAGGGGGCCAGAGGAGAACGGGGGGAACUGGUCAACAUGGAACUUCUUGGGUUGCCUAACAUUGGCAACACUUGCUUCCUUAACGCCACCCUGCAGUGCCUCCUGGUCCUGCCUUCCUUCUCAAAGGAAAUCCUGCACCAGGAACAACUCUGGAGCUCCUCCCCCUUCUCCAACCUGCUCAGGUGUCUGUCUGAUGUGCACCGUUCGGGUCUACCUGACAGUGUGGCAAACCAGGCCUCAAAAGCAGACCUCAUGUGGAAGGUCAAGUACUCCUUGUCGGGAUACGAUUUGAAGUACCUGGGGGACACGCAACAGGACGCACACGAGUUACUCGUCAAUAUGCUGUGCCAGCUGAAGGAGGAGGGCAUGAUUCUGAAGACACUCGGGAUGAACUAUACCUGCCCUGUUUCCCAGCUGGAGUUCCAGCUUGUGUCGGUGCGCACAUGUACCAGCUGUGGGCGCGAGUCGUCUACCAGAGAGGACUACAACCACCUCUCAUUGGACAUCAGCCCUGAGCGCACCUUGCUGAACAGCCUAGCACUCACUUUCAAAAGUGAACAGGUUGAAUUCACAUGUGAGGGCUGUAAAGGCCUCCACGCCUCAAAGGUGGAGCAGUUCCACACACUGCCUCUUGUGCUGGUUCUGCAUCUGAAGAGGUUUGGAGGACCUGGGGGGUUGGAGAAGCUGGAGGCUCCUCUUUUGUUUCCUUCGGAGCUGAGGCUCUCCACCCUCUGUGGGGACAUGGUGCCACACCUGCACAGUGCCAGCCCACAGGCCCUCACCAACCAGGCCCCCAGCAUCCAGGGGUCCAUCCCCCAGACCCUCGCCAGCCAAGUCUCCAGCCCACCUGGAGCGGCCAAAGACAGCGCCCUCUGCUGUUCAGAAGCAGAAGCCAGUACAGUCAGUGAAUGGUUACUACCAGCUGACUGGCGUAGUCUCUCAUUUGGGAGGCUCCGCAAACUCCGGGCACUACAUUAGUGACAUAUUGCAUGCCAGUGGAAACUGGUUCUGCUGUAACGACAGCCAGGUGUCAAUGUCCAAUGUAGCCACUGUGCUGAGGACCAGAGCCCGGAGUGCCUACAUGCUCUUCUAUAUGUUCAGGUACUGUUUACUCUCACCAUCUAUAUUCUUGUGUUGCUAUUUAUGUGUACGGUUCCUUUCACCCUACAGGGCAAUAGAGCGGGAGGCCCCAGCACACAGGGCCUAACAGGGCCACCAGCAUCAGCCCCAGCCUAAACAGGGGCAGCACCUGGACCAGCCUCCAAACACUCAGACCUGUCUCAACAGGGGUGGUACCAGGCCCAGCCUCAAAACCCCCAGCCCAGCCUCAACCCUCACACACCUGCCUCGAAAGGGGUAGCACUUGGCCCAACAUCAACAACCCCGAGCCCAGCCACAACAGGGGCAGCACUGGGCCCAACAUCAACACACCCA